ACACUUCACGUCCAUUACGCGCGACCCGUGAAGACAAGCUCUUUGUCGAGGAGAGCGCGCAUUCGAGCACUUUGUUUAUUACCGGCGACGCCACUGCCACGGUGGAGAGCUAUGAUUAGCAUAGCCGGGGUAACCGAUCCAGAAACAAUUCUAUACUUUGAUAGUAGUUUGACUUGUUAAUUGACGCAUAGUCGUCUACGGUACGCAUACGCAUACCUUCAUACCUUCGCCCUGACAGGAAGCCUACUGUGCUGUGACAAUGUCGGAGUUCUGACGAGACAAGAAGACAACUUUUUCCCAGCGUGCCUCAUGGAACGAUACCAGGAAGACUUAGCUGAUCUGGACCCUGUCUUUCUAGAGGAGGAGGAAUGGGAUCUGUACAACUCCCUCUCGGCCCUGUCCCUGCCCAGCCCCCAGACCCAACCCCGCUCCCCUCUCUGGUCCCAGGGCGGAGGCAAUGGGGGCUACAAUGACCCUAACACCCAGGGGGUGGGGGGAGGGGUCCCCAACCCAAACUCCUACAUGAGAUUCAGGACCCAGGAGACAGAGGUCCCCAUGAGAGGAGCAGCCCCCCUUCCGCCUCCAGUACCCCCCCGGAGGAGAACCACCAGGGCUGCUCUGCUGACUAAUGCUCAGAAGAGGUUCUCCUGCGACCUGACAGUACCCGCUAUCAGACUGAACCGCUUUAAUACAGCCAGAGAAAGUCAUCUGGACACCUGGAACAUCAAACUGAUAGACACGCCACAAGGAAGCACCAAACAGCUGGCUUCUCUCUGCAUGUUGACGUCCAAACUGGUGUCUAGGUACCCCCACACUGACCAGGUGUCUAACUCAGGGGUGGUGUGGGGGCGUGUGUCACCUAUCCACCCCUCCUUGCUGCAGGAGACUGAGAUCACCGUCAAUGUGUCCACUCCCUGGGUUCUUCACCAAUUACCCAUUCCCACCAUGUUGAACAAGACAGUCCAGACCCUGAUAGAUGAGAUCUUGCUGCUCCUGGAACAGACUAACCCAAGAGACAGUGGAUACUACCUCCUGAAGCUGUGUGAUUCUGAGGAGUACCUCAGGAAUGAGGAGAUGCUGGGUAUGCACGGGAGCAUCCAGGACUAUCAUAAGUGUUCCCUGGAAGUCCGUCUCAGAUUACUACAGGUUAACACACUACAGAACCUGUUGGCAAGGGACGUUGAGGAUGACAGAGCUCCAUGUCACCUGUACCGGCUCCUUGGCUCUGCUUGUGUCUUCAACACAUCAAGGUUAAGCCUCCAGGAGAAGCUGAGUUGCUAUAACAAGGAGGUUAACAAACUGAUGAGGAGCAAGUGUGGAAGCAAUCUUAACCUACUAGUGGAUGAGGUCCGUACCAUCAUCAACCUGCUGUGUGGGAUCUCUACUGGAGAGCUGGAAGAGGCUAUCGGCAUGCUACGGAGGAUUAAACCUGUAGCACUGGACCAUUUGGAAAUGUACGAGUGUGAGACCUCGAUCGUGAUGCUCCACCAGGCCCUGGGCAAACUGCUGCACGUUUUCUUUGACAACUUCGGCUCAGACUUCAGGGGCCAGGAUGUGUACCACAACCCUCCUGUCUGUGACGUAGACCACAGCUCCGACAUCCUCCAGCUCAACGUCGCAGCGCUCUACAGGCUACAGCCCAACUGGUUAAACAGUUUUAAUUACUUCUCCAUUUCCUGUUCGCUGACGUACGGAGGGAAAGAUAUCUGUGAGACGGGCGUCUCCGAGAACAUCAGCACAGCCUUGUCGCUUGGCAACAAGAUUCAGUGUCACCGCAUGAUGGUGUUCCCAAAACAGAUCAAACAGCUACCCUAUGAGUCCAUGUUGACUAUACGUCUCCAGGGGACGAAACAGGGCAAGUCUCCUGAACUGUUACGCUGGGCCGUCCUGCCUCUAUACAGUAACAGGACCCUGGUGAGUGGUACUGUCCUGCUCAGCAUGUCUAUGCUGGUGGAGCUGUCUGAGCCUCCCUCUCCUGCCCUGUCAGACAGCCACAGCAAAGCUACUGGCGUCAUCCUGCAGUUGGAGUUCCCGGAGACAGCUGAGUGGAGGUAUGAAAGGCCCAUCUCCUUACCAGGGUCUGUCCUGAUCAGUCCUCCGUGCGAUGAGCUACACAAGAAGAUAUCAGAGGUCUCCCAGAAACACUGCCUCUGCUUUUUGUCGGAGAAUGAGAGGGCAUUACUGUGGAGUAAGAGACACUGCUGUGAUGGGAGUACCACCUUCCUGCACCUGCUGCUGGGUGGCGCCCCCCAGUGGGCUCCAGAGAACCUGACUGAGAUCUACACCAUACUAGAACACUGGACAAUAUACCAACCUGAGGAAGCACUGUUUCUACUGUCUAACAAUUUCCAUGACCAGACGGUGCGUAGAAAAGCUGUGCAGCACUUUGAGCAGACUUCUGAUAGAGAAUUAGAGGAAUAUCUACCUCAACUGGUACAGGCUCUGAAGAGUGAGUGGGAGUUGAAUGGACCUCUGGUGAUGCUCCUGUUGGACAGGUCACUGAAGAGUAUCAGGAUAGCCCAGCAGCUCUACUGGCUGUUGGUAGAUGCCCAGGGUGACACCCAUUACCAGAGCUGGUUCAGUAAGGUGCAGGCUGCCCUGAAACACUGCUGUGGUAAAGCACUGAGGCAGGAGCUGGAAGAUGAAACCCGCCUGGUAACCCUGCUCACGCAGGUGGCCGAGAGCGUCCGUAUAGCUGACAAAAACCGCAGGAAGGAUGUGUUGAAGAGAGAGAAGUGGAAGAUUGAAGGCUUCUUCAAGAACGGGAUCAGCUGUCGUCUACCGUUGGACCCUGCUGUCCUCGUGAAGGGAGUUCAUUUGGAUGCCUGUAAAUUCUAUAACUCCCACGCUGCUCCUCUGGGAAUCUCCUUCAUCAACACAGAUCCUCUGGGCAGGAAAAUCUCUGUCAUCUGCAAGACAGGGGAUAACCUGCGGCAGGACAUGCUGGUGCUGCAGAUAGUUCGUGUGAUGGACAAGGUGUGGCUGCAGGAGGGACUGGACAUGAGGAUGAUCACUUAUAGGUGUCUCUCUACUGGGCGAGACCAGGGUCUGGUGGAGGUGGUUCCAGAGGCAGUGACCCUGGGUCAGAUCCAGCAGGAGUGGGGUCUGGGUGGGGCGCUGAGAGAGGACACCCUGGAGAAAUGGUUCCACAUGUGGAACAAGACUGAGGAGGAUUAUGAGGAGGCUGUGAUGAAUUUCCUCCACUCCUGUGCUGGCUGGUGUGUAGCGACCUUCAUCCUGGGUAUCUGUGACCGCCACAACGACAACAUCAUGUUGAAACACAGCGGUCACAUGUUCCACAUCGACUUCGGCAAGAUUAUGGGCAAUGCACAGAAGUUCGCCAGCAUCAAAAGGGACCGGACUCCAUUCGUCUUCACCUCAGAGAUGCAGCACUUCAUCACCGGCGGGGGUCAGAAACCCCAGAGGUUUCAUCGCUUCGUAGAGCUCUGCUGUGAAGCCUACAACACCAUCCGACGACGCACCGCCCUGGUGCUCAGCCUACUGCAGCUGAUGCUGGGUGCAGGCAUGCCGGAGCUGAACGACAUCCAGGACCUGCUGUAUGUUCAGAACAACCUGAAACCUCAGGACUCUGAGAUGGAGGCUACGUCCUACUUUACCAAGAAGAUCAAGGAGAGCAUGGGCAGUUUCCCGGUCAAGCUCAACUUCCUGAUCCACACCAUGGUCCAGUCCUCUGGGAAGAAGCUGGCGCCACCCAGCCCUUCUCAGAACACCUCCCCCAACAGCAACAUCCAGGAAGCUGUCAUACAGAAGUACACCGUGAAGGGCAAGGAUGUGACUUAUGAGUUGAGGGUGACCAUCGAGGACGGCUUUCUGAUCAGUGAGAAGACGUUUGGCCAGUUUGGGCUGAUACACAAAGAGCUGAAGAAACAUUUCAUAGAGUCUACGCUCCCACAAUUCCCCAAAUGGUUCAAGAUGUCGUUCACUCCAGGCAGAAAAAUGUCCCUGCUGAAUAAGUAUCUGAAGGAACUGUUCGAAGGACCAUGUAAAGGCAAUGAGUACGUAUGCCGUUUGUUUCUGGAUGGACCCAAGACCAGGACUCCCAACUCUGUGAAAUCAGACAGAGACGGUGGACCCCAGAUUCAACUCUACAUUUCCUACAACGACCACAAGCUCUCUGUCCUGGUCAAACACCUCAAGAACAUUAGGUUGGCCAAUGGUUCAUGUCCAGAUGCCUAUGUGGUCACCAGGCUGAAGCCAGACCCCCUCAAAAGAUCCAAGAGGAAGACCAAGGUGGUCCGCAACAACCACAACCCUACCUUCAAUGAACUGAUAGAGUACCGUGACAUGUCGUCCGUGCAAGACCGCGAGUUAGAGGUGACCGUGAAGAGCAGGAAGGUCUUUGUGGCCUCAACCAACGUCAGACUGGAAGAGAACAACAUGGACACAGAGGAGUGGUUCCUACUGGACAAUCGGGUGCCUGGGGCCUUUUCAUUAGGGCGCAUCGUAGCAUAACUUUUUACAACGUUGCACAGUGGUUCCUACUGGGAAAUCUGAUGCCUAGUGCGGAAACCGAAGAUGAGCAUUUCUUAUUGGACACAAUCCAAGUAGCACUGUCCCUCCCUGUUUCACUCCGUUUGAAAACGUUUGGAAAAACAAAAAGAAGUGUCUUUCAUUGGGCAAGAACAGGUAGUACCUCAUUCCGUUUCGAAAUGUUUUCUCCCUACUGAACACCAUUCUGGAGAGGUGAUGUGAUGCCAGCCUGCCACCACUAGAUGGCAGUGCUAUACAGGAACUUCCAUGGAGCAUUUGUUACACUUAAAACUUGUCUGUUCUAUUGGCACUGAUCUGGGAUCUGUUUAACAAUCCUCAUCUAAUCCAGAACUCUACCAUGAGAGAGGGAAGUAAAAACUCAACCCUAGAUCAGCAUCUAAGGAUAAUUCUACAACGGGUUGGUCAAAACAAGCAUUGUGAUUGGUUGAGACGUGUUCUAAGCCAUUCUAAGAAACCUGUUUAGCACAGGUACAUCUACGAUGCAAAAAAAACGGCCAUUUUGUUUUCUGUUUAAUCUGAGAAAUCUUUGAGCAUCCAGUGUCCCAUCAGCCCAGCGAAGCCAAUUCAUUAACAUGAUGUCCACUGUAAAACACACCUAGACAUGAUGUCACCUUCCAGCCUAACAUUUGGUUUGUAUAAACAUCGCUGUCUGUCUCUCGACAUAUGCAACAUUGUUUCCAGUAUUGAAGUUCGAUCUCUACUGUCCUAUUGAGAAUUAACGCGUCAGGACGAGACGGACAUCUUUUCUCAGCCAGUCGAAAUCAUGAAUCGGCAUCUUUUUUUUAUGGAUAUACAAAGAAAUGUCAAUAGAACAACAGGUCAAACGACUUGAAAUGCAGCUAGUUUUCUGUCUUACCAGCAUUUUUCUGUGUAAAUAUCCAUAUAAACAUUUAGCUGAUUCAUGACUGGCUGAGAUAAGAUCGGGUUCGGUUCUCAGUCGUGCAGUCUUUUGUUCUAUGGACGCGACCCAGUCGUUAGUUCUAAAUAUUCCGUUGCCAUGCUGGCCGGCAAAUUAAUGUCAAUAGAAAAAUAGGUCAAACGACUUGAAAUGCAGCUAGUUUUGCUGUUUUACCAGCUUGAGUUUGAAGUGAUUGCGUUAGCUUCGUAGUUGGCUAGCUCCUCUGAACAGUUUCCCGACGAGAGACAGCAAAUGUUGUAUGCCAGACGAAAUCGCGCAUCAUUAGCUCAUCGUUAUGGAUGUACCCAAAAUAGCUUAAACAAACACAGCUCCUUUGCUUUUAUUCUAGCUGCACUGUUUGACCUGAUUGUGCUAGCCGUAGUUGGCUAGCUAGCAAGCGAGGGGUAAGAGCGUUGCUAGCCACCAUGGCGACGAAACAUUUAGAACGAACAACUUGGUCGCGUCCAUAGAUGUAGAACAAAAAUACUUAACGACUGGGUCACGUCUCUGGCAACCGAAAAAAUAGAAUGAACGGACAGCCAGCAAGCUGCCGUAGCAACCAUAGAUGUGUUGUUGUCCUUUAUAUAGACGAGUCAAUGUCCUGCUCCUUCAUAUAGACGAGUCAACGUCCUGCUCCUUUAUAUAGACGAGUCGACGUCCUGCUCCUUCAUAUAGACGAGUCAACAUCCUGCUCCUUCAUAUAGACGAGUCAAUGUCCUGCUCCUUUAUAUAGACGAGUCAACGUCCUGCUCCUUCAUAUAGACCAGUCAACGUCCUGCUCCUUUAUAUAGACGAGUCAACGUCCUGCUCCUUUAUAUAGACGAGUCAACGUCCUGCUCCUUUAUAUAGACGAGUCAACGUCCUGCUCCUUUAUAUAGACGAGUCAACGUCCUGCUCCUUUAUAUAGACGAGUCAACGUCCUGCUCCUUUAUAUAGACGAGUCAACGUCCUGCUCCUUCAUAUAGACGAGUCAAUGUCCUGCUCCUUUAUAUAGACGAGUCAAUGUCCUGCUCCUUCAUAUAGACGAGUCAAUGUCCUGCUCCUUCAUAUAGACGAGUCAAUGUCCUGCUCCUUUAUAUAGACGAGUCGACAUCCUGCUCCUUCAUAUAGACGAGUCGACAUCCUACUCCUUCAUAUAGACGAGUCAACAUCCUGCUCCUUCAUAUAGACGAGUCAAUGUCCUGCUCCUUCAUAUAGACGAGUCAAUGUCCUGCUCCUUCAUAUAGACGAGUCAAUGUCCUGCUCCUUCAUAUAGACGAGUCAAUGUCCUGCUCCUUCAUAUAGACGAGUCAAUGUCCUGCUCCUUCAUAUAGACGAGUCAAUGUCCUGCUCCUUCAUAUAGACGAGUCAAUGUCCUGCUCCUUCAUAUAGACGAGUCAAUGUCCUGCUCCUUUAUAUAGACGAGUCAAUGUCCUGCUCCUUUAUAUAGACGAGUCAACGUCCUGCUCCUUCAAAUAGACGAGUCAACGUCCUGCUCCUUCAUAUAGACGAGUCAACGUCCUGCUCCUUUAUAUAGACGAGUCAACGUCCUGCUCCUUGAUAUAGACGAGUCAACGUCCUGCUCCUUCAUAUAGACGAGUCAACGUCCUGCUCCUUCAUAUAGACGAGUCGACGUCCUGCUCCUUUAUAUAGACGAGUCGACGUCCUGCUCCUUUAUAUAGACGAGUCGACGUCCUGCUCCUUUAUAUAGACGAGUCGACAUCCUGCUCCUUUAUAUAGACGAGUCGACAUCCUGCUCCUUCAUAUAGACGAGUCGACAUCCUGCUCCUUCAUAUAGACGAGUCGACAUCCUGCUCCUUCAUAUAGACGAGUCGACAUCCUGCUCCUUCAUAUAGACGAGUCGACGUCCUGCUCCUUUAUAUAGACGAGUCCACGUCCUGUUCCUUUAUAUAGACGAGUCAACAUCCUGCUCCUUCAUAUAGACGAGUCAACAUCCUGCUCCUUUAUAUAGACGAGUCAACAUCCUGCUCCUUCAUAUAGACGAGUCGACAUCCUGCUCCUUCAUAUAGACGAGUCGACAUCCUGCUCCUUCAUAUAGACGAGUCGACAUCCUGCUCCUUCAUAUAGACGAGUCGACGUCCUGCUCCUUUAUAUAGACGAGUCCACGUCCUGUUCCUUUAUAUAGACGAGUCAACAUCCUGCUCCUUCAUAUAGACGAGUCAACAUCCUGCUCCUUUAUAUAGACGAGUCAACAUCCUGCUCCUUUAUAUAGACGAGUCAACAUCCAGCUCCUUCAUAUAGACGAGUCAACAUCCUGCUCCUUUAUAUAGACGAGUCAACAUCCUGCUCCUUCAUAUAGACGAGUCAAAAAUGUUACAAGGGACUAGGGCUAGCAGGGACUCUAGUCUGAUUCUGGACACUAGAUUUAGAAUAUAUUCUCUACACUGUAUCUUCCUUGUCUUUUUAUAUCUCAAUGUGAACAAAAUGAAGGAAAUGUAUGUUUUGAAAAUGUGUAAUUAAUUGUAACCAUUAUUUAACUCAUAAUUGACUAUUUGUUAUGUGUGUAGAUCAUUUGUUGUAAAAUGUAAUAUUGUUUAUACUGUGAUUCCUAUCUCGUCUUAAUGGACUGAUUGUGUUAGUACAGUGAUAGAUGAGAGCGUGUGGCUGGCUCCAUCCCUCCCUCCCAUCUCCAGCCUUAGUCAGUCACACUCCCCUCCAUCCAGCCUUCCCUCCCAUCCCCAGCUCAGCCCUAGUCCCAUCCCCAGCUCAGCCCUAGUCUCAUCCCCAGCUCAGCUCUAGUCCCAUCCCCAGCCCUAGUCCCAUCCCCAGCUCAGCCCUAGUCCCAUCCCCAGCUCAGCCCUAGUCCCAUCCCCAGCUCAGCCCUAGUCCGAUCCCCAGCUCAGCCCUAGUCUCAUCCCCAGCUCAGCUCUAGUCCCAUCCCCAGCUCAGCCCUAGCCCCAGCUCAGCCCUAGUCACAUCCCCAGCUCAGCCCUAGCCCCAGCUCAGCCCUAGUCCCAUCCUCAGCUCAGCCCUAGUCCCAUCCCCAGCUCAGCCCUAGCCCCAGCUCAGCCCUAGUCCCAUCCCCAGCUCAGUCUUAGUCCCAUCCCCAGCUCAGUCUUAGUCCCAUCCCCAGCUCAGCCCUAGUCCCAUCCUCAGCCCUAGUCCCAUCCUCAGCUCAGCCCUAGUCCCAUCCUCAGCUCAGCCCUAGUCCCAUCCUCAGCCCUAGUCCCAUUCUCAGCUCAGCCCUAGUCCCAUCCCCAGCUCAGCCCUAGUCCCAUCCCCAGCUCAGCCCUAGUCCCAUUCUCAGCUCAGCCCUAGUCCCAUCCCCAGCUCAGCCCUAGUCCCAUCCCCAGCUCAGGUCCUAGUCUCAUCCCCAGCGCAGCCCUAGUCCCAUCCCCAGCUCAGGUCCUAGUCUCAUCCCCAGCGCAGCCCUAGUCCCAUCCCCAGCUCAGCUCUAGUCCCAUCCCCAGCUCAGCCCUAGCCCCAGCUCAGCCCUAGUCACAUCCCCAGCUCAGCCCUAGCCCCAGCUCAGCCCUAGUCCCAUCCUCAGCUCAGCCCUAGUCCCAUCCCCAGCUCAGCCCUAGCCCCAGCUCAGCCCUAGUCCCAUCCCCAGCUCAGCCCUAGUCCCAUCCCCAGCUCAGCCCUAGUCCCAUCCCCAGCUCAGCCCUAGUCCCAUCCCCAGCUCAGUCCUAGUCCCAUUCUCAGCUCAGCCCUAGUCCCAUCCUCAGCUCAGCCCUAGUCCCAUCCUCAGCUCAGCCCUAGUCCCAUUUUCAGCUCAGCCCUAGUCCCAUUUUCAGCUCAGCCCUAGUCCCAUUUUCAGCUCAGCCCUAGUCCCAUUUUCAGCUCAGCCCUAGUCCCAUUUUCAGCUCAGCCCUAAUCCCAUUUUCAGCUCAGCCCUAAUCCCAUUUUCAGCUCAGCCCUAGUCCCAUCCCCAGCUCAGCCCUAGUCCCAUCCCCAGCUCAGCCCUAGUCCCAUCCCCAGCUCAGCCCUAGUCUCAUCCCCAGCUCAGGUCCUAGUCUCAUCCCCAGCUCAGGUCCUAGUCUCAUCCCCAGCUCAGGUCCUAGUCUCAUCCCCAGCUCAGGUCCUAGUCUCAUCCCCAGCUCAGGUCCUAGUCUCAUCCCCAGCUCAGGUCCUAGUCUCAUCCCCAGCUCAGCCCUAGUCUCAUCCCCAGCUCAGCCCUAGUCUCAUCCCCAGCUCAGCCCUAGUCUCAUCCCCAGCUCAGCCCUAGUCCCAUCCCCAGCUCAGCCCUAGCCCCAGCUCAGCCCUAGUCACAUCCCCAGCUCAGCCCUAGUCCCAGCUCAGCCCUAGUCCCAGCUCAGCCCUAGUCCCAGCUCAGCCCUAGUCCCAGCUCAGCCCUAGUCCCAUCAUCAGCUCAGCCCUAGUCCCAUCCCCAGCUCAGCCCUAGCCCCAGCUCAGCCCUAGUUCCAUCCCCAGCUCAUCCCUAGUCCUAUCCCCAGCUCAGCCCUAGUCCUAUCCCCAGCUCAGCCCUAGUCCCAUCCCCAGCUCAGCCCUAGUCCCAUUCUCAGCUCAGCCCUAGUCCCAUUCUCAGCUCAGCCCUAGUCCCAUUCUCGGCUCAGCCCUAGUCCCAUUCUCGGCCCAGCCCUAGUCCCAUCCCCAGCUCAGCUUUAGUCCCAUCCUCAGCCCUAGUCCCAUCCCCAGCUCAGCCCUAGUCCCAUCCCCAGCUCAGCCCUAGUCCCAUCCCCAGCUCAGCCCUAGCCCCAGCUCAGCCCUAGUCACAUCCCGAGCUCAGCCCUAGUCCCAGCUCAGCCCUAGUCCCAUCCUCAGCUCAGCCCUAGUCCCAUCCCCAGCUCAGCCCUAGUCCCAGCUCAGCCCUAGUCCCAUCCCCAACUCAGCCCUAGUCCCAUUCUCAGCUCAGCCCUAGUCCCAUCCCCAACUCAGCCCUAGUCCCAUCCCCAGCCCUAGUCCCAUCCCCAGCCCUAGUUCCAGCCCUAGUCCCAUCCCCAGCCCUAGUCCCAUCCCCAGCCCUAGUCCCAUCCCCAGCCCUAGUCCCAUCCCCAGCUCAGUCAUAGUCCCAGCCCAGCCCUAGUCCCAUCCUCAGCCCUAGUCCCAUCCUCAGCUCAGCCCUAGUCCCAUUCUCAGCUCAGCCCUAGUCCCAUUCUCAGCUCAGCCCUAGUCCCAUCCCCAGCUCAGCCCUAGUCCCAGCCCAGCCCUAGUUCCAGCCCUAGUCCCAGCCCUAGUCCCAUCCUCAGCUCAGCCCUAGUCCCAUCCUCAGCCCUAGUCCCAUCCUCAGCCCAGCCCAAGUCCCAUCCUCAGCCCAGCCCAAGUCCCAUCCUCAGCUCAGCCCUAGUCCCAUCCCCAGCUCAGCCCUAGUCCCAUCCUCAGCUCAGCCCUAGUCCCAUCCUCAGCUCAGCCCUAGUCCCAUCCUCAGCUCAGCCCUAGUCCCAUCCUCAGCUCAGCCCUAGUCCCAGCCCUAGUCCCAUCCCCAGCUCAGUCCUAGGCCCAGCCCUAGUCCCAUCCUCAGCUCAGCCCUAGUCCCAUCCUCAGCCCUAGUCCCAUCCUCAGCCCAGCCCAAGUCCCAUCCUCAGCUCAGCCCUAGUCCCAUCCUCAGCUCAGCCCUAGUCCCAUCCCCAGCUCAGCCCUAGUCCCAUCCUCAGCUCAGCCCUAGUCCCAUCCUCAGCUCAGCCCUAGUCCCAUCCUCAGCUCAGCCCUAGUCCCAUCCUCAGCUCAGCCCUAGUCCCAGCCCUAGUCCCAUCCCCAGCUCAGUCCUAGGCCCAGCCCUAGUACCAUCCCCAGCUCAGCCCUAGUCCCAUCCCCAGCUCAGCCCUAGUCCCAUCCCCAGCUCAGCCCUAGUACCAUCCCCAGCUCAGCCCUAGUCCCAUCCCCAGCUCAGCCCUAGUCCCAUCCCCAGCUCAGCCCUAGUCCCAUCCCCAGCUCAGCCCUAGUACCAUCCCCAGCUCAGCCCUAGUACCAUCCCCAGCUCAGCCCUAGUCCCAUCCUCAGCCCAGCCCUAGUCCCAUCCUCAGCUCAGCCCUAGUCCCAUCCCCAGCUCAGCCCUAGUCCCAUCCCAAACUCAGCCCCUAUGAAUGUAAUUAGUCUGAGGCAUGCGUAGGAAUGUAUUGAUUUGAUGCAGAGGUGGGAUGCAGGGAUCCAUCGAAGAGAUUUACCAGUCAUGUAAUCUUAAUGCCAUCAAUCACCAUUCUCCCAGGAGGCUACUGACCUGGGCUACUUGCUCUGCACUGCACUGAGUCAUUCAUAGGGACUGAGUCCCAAAUGGGACAAUAUUCCCUAUAUAAUGCACUACUUUUGACCAGGGCCACAUGGUCCACUAGGGACUCAUAGAGGGAGUUAUUGAGGGUAGGGAUGAGAAUAGACUACAUUGUAUACUAUAUUGGUUUCAAUAAUAUAAACGUCUUAUGAAAUGUUAUUUAUAUUCCCCACAGGCCCCCGGGGCCUUUCUCAAGGGUUUGGUCUUUUAACUUUUAAACUGUGGCGGCUGCUGCUAGCCCUUUUGAAUGUUUUGUUUUAUGUGUUAUUUUUAUCUUAACUCUGAGACAAUCACAUUGGUCUUAAGAGAAUCUUUUUAGUCCCGGGACGAUUCCAUUGUUAGAGCUGUGGCACAUUGAUUGGUUCCUUGUAAAGUAUUGUAAGUCAUGAACGUUUUGAAUGUUUUUGUUACGAGGUUUUCCAUCAUUGUAAGCGGUUGAUUGUCAUAUCUGUAAUAGAUUAUUCUACGUUAUUCUCCAUCCAGCCUUCCCUCCCUUCCAUCCAGCCUUCCCUCCCACCCGUCCCCAGCCUUAGUCAGUCCCAGUCCCAUUCAGCCUUCCCUCCCAGCCUUAGUCAGUCCCAUCCAGCCUCCCCUCCCAGCCUUAGUCAGUCCCAUUCAGCCUUCCCUCCCAGCCUUAGUCAGUCCCAUCCAGCCUUCCCUCCCGUUCCCAGCCUUAGUCAGUCCCAGUCCCAUCUCUUGCCAAGUACAUCAACUCCACCAUGACUUCAUCCACAGAGUUGAAUGCAGACUCAAGUUUUUGAAAUGAACUUCGGGAACUCCUUCGAGCCACUAUGCGUCAAUACUUCAACGAUUGAAAUACCCUUACUUUGUACAGUGACUUCAGAAAGUCUCAGUCCCAUCGUCCUGCUGAUCCCUUGAGAUCUAUACCACUAGUUUCAGUACAAUACUGUAUAUCAGACUUGUUCUAUGCCAAUAAAUCAGAUAUCUAUAUCAUACAGUA